CACAAAAUCUAUGACUGAGUAGGCUUUUUGUGUUGGAGAACAACAAUCCACGUGUCUUUUUUGUUUUUUGGAUUCACGAUUCACAGAAUCUAUCAACUUUUAAAUUGAUAAUCAUUUUUGUUUUGGGAUCAUUUUUCGAAUUGAAAAUAAUUCUUACUUUUAACGAAAACAAAAAUGCGUGUCGAAGCAUUCAUUUGUAUCAAUGAAAAAGCUCAAUGUGAAGAGCUACGAGAAUAUAUGCUUGAAUUGGGUGCACCAAUUUCUCGUACAGCAUCCGACAAUUAUAUUAUCGAUCUACAACAAAUCAUUUCGGUUUGUGAUAUUGUAUUCAAAGUGGAAAAAGAAAAUGAAAUCGAAAUGGUAUUGAAUUCGAUUGUUUCAGUUUUAUUGCAAGUUGGCGCUAAUCAACCUGAAGCACCGGCAUUAUUGGCUUCAUUUUGUGAUCAAUUGAUCAAAGCUCCAACACCUAAAACAGCUUCCACUGCAUUUCGUGUGUUACAAAAUCUAUUCAACGGUUUUAUUCAUACUCCACAUCGAUAUCGUAUCUAUUUGGCAUUGAUUCAAUUAUGUGAAUUGAGUGGCCAAGUACGACUUAUCUAUAAUCAUUUGCCACAAUUUAAAAAAUGGUUCCCUGUCGAUGAAUUUGGUGGGGAAAAAAUUCAAUCAUUAUUGCGUUUAUUGCAUUCAAUUUUGCAAACAAAUAAACUACCAGAUAUGGCGGCCAAAGUAAUGGUAGAAUUAUUGACAACAUAUACCGAAGAAAAUGCAUCACAGGCACGUGAAGAUGCUCAUAAAUGUAUUGUAUCGGCCAUUGCCGAUCCGAAUACAUUUCUAAUGGAUUAUUUACUCACAUUGAAACCAGUGAAAUUUUUGGAAGGCGAACCAAUCUAUGAAUUAUUGACCAUUUUUGUUACCGAAAAUCUUUCGGCUUAUGUUGAUUUCUAUAAAUCACAUGCCAGCUAUAUUACUGAUACUUUGAAUUUAUCGCAUGAUGCAAAUAUGCAAAAAAUGCGUCUUCUUACAUUCAUGCAGAUGGCCGAAAUAAAAAAAGAAUUGUAUUUUGCUGAUAUACAGAAAGAAUUACAAUUAACACCGGAUCAAGUAGAAUUUUUCAUCAUUGAUGUAUUGAAAACCAAAUUGGUCAAAGCACAUAUUGAUCAAGCAAAUCAAAAAGUUAUCGUUUCAUUAACUAUGCAUCGUACAUUUGGCCGUGCACAAUGGAAACAAUUACAUGAAACAUUGAAACAAUGUUCAUCGAAUAUGUCGAAAAUUCAGGAUACAUUAAUUCAGUAUAUGCUUGCUUAUAAUCAAUCAGUACACUAGAAAUUAUUUUUU